UCUUAAACGACACAUGAGAGUCCACACAGGAGAGAAGCCAUUUGGUUGUGAUGUUUGUGGUAAAAGGUUUACAAUACAUUGUAAUCUUAAACAACACAUGAGAGUCCACACAGGAGAGAAGCCAUUCGGUUGUGAAGUUUGUGGUAAAAGGUAUAAACAGCAUAGCCAUCUUAAAGAACACAUAAGAGUCCACACAGGAGAGAAGCCAUUUGGUUGUAGUGCUUGUGGUAAAAGGUAUAAGCAGCAUUGCCAUCUUAAAGAACACAUGAGAGGCCACACAGGAGAGAAACCAUUUGGUUGUGAUGUUUGUGGUAAAAGGUUUACAAUACAUUGUAAUCUUAAACGACACAUGAGAGUCCACACAGGAAAGAAGUCAUUUGGUUGUGAAGUUUGUGGUAAAAGGUAUAAGCAGCAUUGCUAUCUUAAAACACACAUGAGAGUCCACACAGGAGAGAAACCAUUUGGUUGUGAUGUUUGUGGUAAAAGGUUUACAAUACAUUGUAAUCUUAAACGACACAUGAGAGUCCACACAGGAGAGAAGCCAUUUGGUUGUGAAGUUUGUGGUAAAAGGUUUACAAUACAUGACCUGAAGCAGACCAUGGCAUUGGUGUUGGAGGCUGCAGAGCCGGAGCAGACAGUGGCAUUGGCGUCGGCGGCCGCAGAGCCAAAGCUGACCGUUGCAGUGGCGUCGGACACCUCAGAGUCAAAGCAGACAGGGGAACUGGAGCCAACACAGGAAACUUGA